AUGGCUUCUCAGUCUCAUAAUUUUUCCGGAAAUUAUUUAGUGUUGAGGCCAAACGAAGUGAGUGUUCUCGAUCUUUUCCGCCUCCUAUGGGACCAUGAACUUGAAAAGAAAGCCUUUGUGGAGUGCCCACCGGAGAAAUUCCAGGAAAAUAUCCGCCGGAAAUGGCUUAUUUUCAUGUCUCUAUCGUCCCAAAAGAUGCUUCUCCAUGCAGCGAAGCCCCUGAGAUGGAUCGGCGAAAAGCUGGAAAUGUGGGUGAACUUGGUCUCAUUGAACGACAACAUUUUCGUGCUUUUCUUCAAUCUUUUGCGAGGUAAGGUGAAAAUGGUGGAUCGAGAAUCGGAAGCUUUCGUGUCCUUCAUUGGAAGCCUAGAUAGGCGAGUUGAAUUAGAUCAGAAUAUCAAACCUGGAGAUUGCAGAUACUUUGGAGCAUUGGCGGCUAUGGCGGCUAAAAUUUCUUACGAGAAUCAAGCUUUUGUUGAAAGAGUUGUUAGGGAUUACUGGAAGAUGGAAUUUAUUGGGUACUACUGCUUCUGGAAUGAUUAUCAAAAGAAGAGCAACACGCAAGCCUUUAUGGUCCACGAUAAAACAACAGACAUGAUAAUCGUAGCCUUCAGAGGAACCGAACCCUUCAAUGCAGAUGAUUGGAGCACCGAUUUAGACCUCUCCUGGUACGAACUCGACGAGAUGGGAAAGAUCCAUGGCGGAUUCAUGAAAGCUUUGGGGUUAGUCAUGGAAAAAGGUUGGCCACCUCACAUCGACGACCACCGCCGCUCACUGGCUUACUACACCAUACGGGAGAAGCUGAAACAAAAACUGAAUCCGAACAACGAAACCAGAUUCAUGGUGGCUGGUCACAGUCUGGGAGGGGCUUUAUCGAUAUUGUUCGCGGCUGUUUUGGCGUUGCAUAAAGAAACGUGGCUGUUGAAUAGAAUGGAAGGGGUGUAUACGUUUGGGCAGCCGAGGGUCGGUGACAAGAAGUUCAAAGAGUUCAUGGAAUUACAGUUGAGGAAGCAUGGGAUUAGGUAUCUGAGAUAUGUUUACUGCAAUGAUAUGGUCCCUAGAACACCUACCGAUGAUUUGACCUUUCUGUAUAAGCACUUUGGGGCAUGCCUUUACUUCAAUAGCUGCUACAAAGGGAAGGUACUUGAGGAACAACCCCACAAGAAUUACAUCUCACUGUUUGUAUGGAUACCCAGAUUCUUGAAUUCGGGAUGGGAACUUGUAAGGGGGUUCAUUCUGCCAUUGAUAAAGGGUCCAGAAUAUAAAGAAACUUGGUCGCUUAUUGUGCUUAGAUUAUGGGGACUUGGUUUCCCAGGCCUAUCUGCUCAUAAUCCCCAUGAAUAUGUUAAUGCAACUCGAUUGAUUUCUCGUCGGAUAUAUCACCAACUUCAACAUCAUCGCCAUCCAUGGAAAACUAUCAAUGGAUAUGCCUAAAAUAAGAGACCUUUUUAACACCCAUUUUAGCUAAUGAAUUAGAGAUGCUGUACUUCAUUUUUAUUCUUCAGAACAAAUGGAAAUGAUCACUUUAAUUAGGGA